UCAGAGAUAUAUGCGUCAUCCUUGGACUAACAUAACGAUAACGUCCAGUUGUCAUGUCCCUUGAUCUUAAGGAGCAGCUCGCUGUCCUUUGACCACAUGCAGAUCAUAGUGCCCUGACCGCCACUGGCGCACUUAUCGCAUUGCGGAGAACAUUUGAUUAUUUUCACCCAUUCUUUGCCUCUUCUUAUGGGUGGUAGCCAGCGGUCGCGUUCCACCGUCGUAUAGUGCUGUCUUUUAAUUCACUUGCUGCCUCCUUGCCCUUUGGUGACCAAUCGAAGCACUCUACUCCAUGACUAUUCCCCUCCCACGACCUACUAAGCUCCCCUCCUUUAUGUCCCACUGCAGCCGUACGGUCAGCACGUACAGCGAAUCAACAAAAUGCUAUAUUCCCCGUGCUCUAACACGAUCGACAAAGACCCGGAACGAAUCGACGUCGUUGUACGACGAAUUUAUUGCCACUCCGGAAAUUGGGGAUAUCUGUGUCGAUGUCUUUACAUUCGGUGCCAACACUGCUUCUGCUGAAGACGGAAUCUAUCUAUUAGAUACACGAACGACCAUUGGCCCUAUCGUAGAUGAUGAAAGAAAUCCUGCGCACUCCCUUCUAACGAUGUAUUGUGACCUCUUUUGUUUUCGUCUUUUUGCUCGUUAUCUAUCAAAAUCACAAUUCAAGGGCACAUCUUCAAUACUUGUCAUAUGUGAAGCCACGUGUGACGUUGGAUUAUUCGAUGAUCAAAACGAAGGUCACCUUGCACUCCGAGAAGCCGUGGAUUCCCUUCGCACACCAGCUCAAUUACGAAUUAUGUUCUCACAGAUCGUACUUGAAGGUUAUGCAACUAGUAUGUCACUGUGGAUAGAAUUUUGGGAGAUGCUAUCCAUUGACCACAUUCAGGGGCUCGGACACGAAACCAAUGGUCAUGAAUUCUCGCUGCAAAUCAUCGAUGAUCUGCUCUCUCAUUCUGCAAGACACCUUCGAAGUCUACAAUGAACAAAGUUACCUGCGCGACAACCAAGCUGCAUUUGAAGUUCAAAGCGAUAACAUGGGUCAACGACUGAAGGCUGAACAAUAGCAUGUUCUCGACUGCAUUGUAGAGAGAGCGUGGUCCAGCACAGAGACAACUUCUUUUUCGUCGAGGGACGUCCAGGUAGGUCGAGGGUGAGAACGCGAAGAGACACUGUGUCUAUUUGCGGAGACAAAUGAAGGAUUGUCCAAGACUGUACAAAUAUUGUAUUUCGUGACCUACCACUGUAAACACGAUUGAUU